GAGGCUCAAUGCCCUGCCGCUCCGACCAGCUCACAGAAACAGCCCUGCUGCAAAGUAAACUGAGCACUGUAGCUCCGGAUCGCAGUACACGUGCGAACGCCGGAACUUCAGUGCUGAACUUGUGCCUGGCCAGCACAGGUCAGCCUCCACCUCCCGACAGCCUUGAGUUUUUAACAUUUUGGGCAGUCUCACAGCCUGCCCCUGUGGAGGUGCUGAUGGGAGGGAAAGCAAAGGUGUUGCCCAUAUAA